AUGGAGAAGUUUGAUUGUGUUUCUGUCGGUGCAGGCUACUAUGGCCUCGCUGCCGCGAAACAGUACCAUGUGCUCAACCCGGACAAGACUCUGGCCAUUUUCGAGGGCGAGUCGAGCAUCGGCGGCACCUGGGCAGACCACCGAAUCUACCCAGGCGUCAAGAGCAACAACCUCCUGGGCACCUACGAGUUCCCCGAGUUCCCCAUGACCACCGAGCGUUUCGGCGUCAAGAAGGACGAGCACAUUCCAGGCAGCGUGCUCAACACGUACCUCAAGGCCUACGCUGCAGACUUUGGCAUCGACAAGUUCAUUCGAUUCAAUAGCAAGAUUGUAGUGGCAGAGCACCAGGAAGAAGGCGGCUGGAUCUUGACGGUCGCCGACUCCAAGGCCGGCAAGGAGUACCAGGUGUUUGCGCGCCGUUUGAUCAUGGCCAGUGGCCUUACCUCAGAAGCUUUCCUCCCACACUUUGAUGGCGAGGAGACGUUCGGAGGCCGCAUCUUCCACGGGAAGGACUUCCAGAAGAACAAGGACACCAUCGAGAAGGGCAAGACCGUGACGGUGUUUGGUGGAACGAAAUUCGCCUUUGAUGCCGUGUAUGCCUACGCGAGUGCUGGAGUCAAGGUACAUUGGGUGAUCCGCUCCUCUGGCCAUGGGCCAUGCUGGAUGUCGCCUCCAUACGUUACACCGUUCCAUCAAUGGAUCGAAGCACUUGCUCACACUCGAAUCCUGACUUGGUUCAGCCCUUCCAUCUGGGGCAGCGCCGACGGCUAUACAGGAAUUCGCAAUUUUCUCCACGGUACUGCUUUGGGCCGGGCAAUUGUUAACGGCUUUUGGUCAGUCCUGGGCAACGAUGUUCUCCGCCUGAACAAAUAUGAUGAGCACCCCGACACUGCCAAGCUGAAGCCCUGGACAUCAGCCAUGUUCACAGGCCCCAGCUUCAGUAUUGUGAAUUGGGAGACCAAUUUCUGGGACCUCGUAAAGAGUGAUCUGGUCAAUGUUUACAUCAGCGAUAUCGAUCACCUAAGCCCUGGAAAGGUACACCUUUCGGACGGCACUGAGCUCGAGUGCGACUCGAUGCUUGCUCACACUGGCUGGAAGCAUGUGCCAGCGACCAAGUUCCUCCCUGAGGGCAUCGAGAAGGAGAUUGGCAUCCCACACACGCCUCCCCACGGCCAGUCGGAAGAGGACCUCGCGAGCCAAACUGAUCUGCUCAAAAGGGCCGAUGCUGAAAUCCUGGAGCGAUUCCCCCGUCUCAAGGACCAGCCUGUCUGGAAUAAGAACUACAUCCCCUUGACUGAGCAGAAGGGAGUACACAGCGACGAUGCAGUCACCCCUUGCAAGCCUCUCACACCUUACAUGCUUUACCGUUUUAUUGUUCCCCCCUCUGAGCGCUUUCUGAAGACAAGAGACCUUGCCUUCGCCGGCGUGGUAUCCAACUUCGGAAACCCCAUGUCCGCCCACUUCCAGGGGCUCUGGAUCAGCGCGUACUUCAACGGCCAGCUUGAUAUUGACCCGGCCAAAGCAGUCGGCGACGAAAAGCUCAUGAGUGAGCUCAAGUACCAGACCAUCUUGUACAACCGCUUCGGCAAGUGGCGCUACCCUACCGAUUGGGGUAGCAACAAGGCUCCUGGGUUCAUCUUCGACGCGAUUCCGUAUCUUGACCUCUUGCAAGGUGAUCUUGGCCUCAAUAAGUGGCGGAAAGGAGGCUGGGCCGAGAUCUUCCAGGCAUAUGACCCGAGGGAUUACGCCGAUGCCAAUGACGAAUGGAAGCGGAAACAUUCCCAGAAGGACGAUGGGGCAUCAACGACUGAGAUACUUUAA